AUGGAGGUCUUCUAUGUCUCUCUUCUUUCUCUCUUUGUCCUCUUGAUAUCCCUCUCCCUCCACCUCCUCUUCUACAAGAACAAGUCCGGCUUCUCCAGCACCUUACCGCCGGGCAAGACAGGGUGGCCAGUGAUCGGAGAAAGCCUAGAAUUCCUCUCCACUGGGUGGAAGGGUCACCCUGAAAAAUUCAUAUUCGACCGUAUAGCCAAGUACUCAUCCUAUGUCUUUAGGACUCAUCUUCUUGGAGAACAGGCCGCUGUUUUCUGUGGUGCAAAUGGAAACAAAUUCUUGUUUUCAAAUGAAAACAAGCUUGUCCAAGCAUGGUGGCCUGAUUCUGUUAACAAAGUAUUCCCUUCUUCUACUCAAACUUCAUCAAAAGAAGAGGCCAUCAAAAUGAGAAGAAUGCUUCCAACUUUCUUCAAACCGGAAGCCUUGCAACGAUACGUCGGCAUAAUGGAUCAUAUUGCACAAAGACACUUUUCUGAUGGCUGGGAUAACAAGAAAGAAGUAGUUGUUUUCCCUCUUGCAAAGAGAUACACUUUCUGGCUUGCUUGUCGUUUGUUCGUAAGCGUCGAAGAUCCAAACCAUGUUGCCAAAUUUGCCGAUCCUUUCAAUGAUUUAGCUUCUGGUUUGAUUUCAAUCCCUAUAGAUUUGCCUGGAACACCAUUUCACAGGGCGAUCAAAGCCUCAAACUUCAUCAGAAAAGAACUCGUUUCGAUAAUCAAACAGCGUAAAAUCGACUUGGCUGAAGGAAAAGCAUCGCCAACACAAGAUAUCUUGUCACACAUGCUUUUGACAAGUGAUGAAAGCGGGAAAUUCAUGCAUGAAUUGGAUAUUGCUGAUAAGAUUUUAGGUUUGCUUGUUGGAGGCCAUGACACUGCAAGCUCUGCAUGCACUUUUGUAGUCAAAUAUCUUGCUGAACUGCCUGAAAUCUAUGAAGGAGUCUACAAGGAGCAAAUGGAAAUAGCCAAAGCAAAAGCCCCUGGGGAAUUACUGAACUGGGAUGACAUUCAAAAAAUGAAAUACUCAUGGAAUGUGGCAUGUGAAGUAUUAAGACUUGCCCCUCCCCUCCAAGGAGCCUUCAGAGAAGCCAUUGCUGAUUUUAUGUACAGCGGCUUCUCAAUCCCGAAGGGAUGGAAGAUAUACUGGAGUGCAAAUUCGACUCACAGGAAUCCCGAACUCUUCCCCGAGCCACUGAAAUUCGAUCCUUCAAGAUUCGAAGGAACUGGACCGGCUCCUUACACAUUUGUUCCAUUUGGUGGAGGACCUAGGAUGUGCCCUGGAAAAGAGUAUGCUCGACUCGAAAUUCUUGUUUUCAUGCACCAUCUUGUGAAAAGGUUCAAAUGUGAGAAAUUGAUUCCAGAUGAGAAGAUUGUUGUUAAUCCAAUGCCAAUUCCUGCUAAGGGUCUUCCUGUUCGUCUCUAUCCCCAUAAUGCUAUAUAA